AUGGUGACUCCGGGUUUCAUUUCUGGGUAUUUUGAUGGUGAAUUUUGCGUUGUUUGCUACAAUGUAGAUAGAGUUGCAAGGCAGCUAGGUUACGAUCAAGGGUUGGCUUAUAUCCAAACUCCAAUGUUCCCAGUGGGCGAAGCCUUGAUGAAAGAGUGUUAUCGACGAUUCGUCUUUAAGCCCGAGGAGCCAAGAUAUUGUCAAGAUCUCCCAUUUCGCUUAGCAGUUCUGUCAUUGAAAGUUCCUCCGAGAUUUACACAAGCAUGGUGUACACACUGGUAUGAUGAGUUGACACGAAUGAUUGAAUUUGUGUGUGAUGUUGCCGAUCCGAUGGGGGUGGUUAGUCCUCAUGUAAUAAUUGCUCGAGGGCGCAUCCGGCUGGAACCCGAUGUUGCUGCAACGCAUGAGAUAAAACCUGGAUCAAGAGGGAAGAAUGUCAUGGAUUCGGCUCAGAAAGGUAAAGAGAGAGCUGUGAAGAAAGUGGUUAGAAAUACUCAGAGUUCAUUCUUUUUGAAAUUUUCUCUUGUUGGUUUUUGUUUUCUAGCGAGUAGAGCGGUUAGUCCUCAGCAGUCCUUUUCCGGCGUCAGUUCUCAGGAUAAACAGAUGGCUCGUUCGAAACAUCCAGUUGAACAAACUAGUUCAAAGAAGAGGAGGCACCCGUGGAAUCAUGGCGGUUCCGGUUCGAGAUAUUCCGAUGUCGCGUUGCCCAUAGUUGUUGGUAGUCCUAAUUCAUUGGUUGGUCAAGCAACCUGGUUUGAUUUCAAAGGGAAUGAGGCUCAUGUUGCUAGUACAUAUGCCCGUAUACAAUUUCCCGGUCUCUCCCCGGAGUUGAAAGAUUAUUAUAAGGAGAUUGUGGAGGAAUAUGGGCAUGUUGCCAGUACAGAAGUGCUUCCGGAUCGGAACAAUCCGAUUUCAAGUGUUUCUAAUUUGGUUCCUGUGGCAAAGGAUAUGUCCGAGGUUGGUGAAGGAUGUCCUUCCGAGGCAACCCUCGAACUCUGGAGAGGAAGCUUCGUGUUGCCGAGGAUGCUGAAGUUCAACAUAGGAUGGAUUGAGGAAAAGUUGAAGGAGAGGAGAGGAGAGGAGGGCAACGCGGCAGUUAGUUCUGCCUGGUGAGAUUAGGAGUUUGAAAGAGGAGAUAAGGGUUGAGACACAGAAGUUGAAGGAUCAUCAGAAGGAGCAAGUCCGUAUAACUGCCGAGGCUGCCAAGAUUGCCGCAGAUCUGGCGGCAACGUCAUCAAAGCUGAAAUUGAAGCAGAAGGCAUUGGCCGACAAAGAGUUUGAGUUGGCUAGCUUUGCUUAAAUUGCCCUCUUUGUUGUGUGGCUCUUGUAGCUUCUUUCCCUUUCUCUGUUUUCAUGACAAGUAUUUUUAAGAACAUUUGCUUGUUAAUUGUGUUUUCGUAUGUGACUGUUGGUGGUUGUUGGUACAUUAUGGGAUUGCUUUGUGGAAUUCGAGGUUAUUAUUGCCUCGAUCUUUGUGCAUGAUUAU